CGAAGAAUGUCUCAUCUGCGAUCCAAGAACAGAUCGACGAGCGCCGACGAGAGCUCGAAACAAAUCUCGAAGCACGGGGAGUACCGCAGGAUUCAGUUCACGUUGUUGAAGGGACACCUUGAGCACCGUCUUCACGAGAAAUAUUGAUAUCAGCGAGUGACGGAGCAUAACUAUCCGCGCGCUCGUCUAGCAAUUAUUGUCCCCGAUUGUCGUCACAAGCUCGUCGAGGAAAGAAUGCCAUGCGGAAGGCCAAAGACGAUCGUAUCAAGAUCACGACUCAUCAUUUUCGCAUCAGCAUCGAGGAGGAGGAAGAGGAGAACGAGGAGAACGAGGGAAACAAAGAGACAAAGAACCUAACAGCCGUAGAGUCGGCGGGGACGAUCUCAGCUUCGACUGAGAGAAGAAUUUCUAUCACUAUAGAGGCCGAAUCUGAUAUACUGAUAACUCCUGGCCAAGAUUCGGAAGGAACGAAUCUCCCUGGUAAUCUUGAACCAGUGGAAAAUCAAACACGGGACUGCGGAGAUGCCGAGGGAAAUGGAGAACGUAAGACUUUGGAAGAGAACUCUGCAGGAAGCACAGAAGUCCAAAAGAAGCUCUGCAUCGAGUCAAGAGAGUCUUCCGAGCAAAGCCAGGACAAUGGACUACCGCAGAAAAAUGGAAAUAAUGGCGAAGCUUGGAGUUGUUAUGGAUGUCGAAAAGGCAGCGAGCCAGAAGUCAAGGAAAUUGGUGAAAUCGAAGCGUCAGGACUUCCAGACGACUCGGAGAGACACGAGGGAACGGAGAAGAAAACGAAAGGUGACCAACUCGAGGGCCAAGCGUGUACUUGCGAUGAAAAUCCGACGGUAAUUACUGGAAAUGCGGGCUUAACGACGUCGAUGACGAACGUGGAGCAGAAUUUGGCUGCAUUCCACGUGAACUUCGGAGUCCUCUGUUCCACGAAGUAUUCAGUCAGCGCUGUCGCGAACGAAAACAGAAAUUCGAUUAAGAAGUUAGACCGUGGGCCAAGCUCGGGUGUCGUUCCUUUGACUGAAGCUUCAAAUCGUGGAGCAGAUGGCAUGGACGUUAACGAUGAAAUCCCUAAAUCGUUAGACUCGACUGGUACAGACGAAUCCAAGAAGGAUUUACGAAGCACGCUUCAAAUGAACCUACUCGAUUUGCCUAGGAUACCUCAUUUAGAAGCCAGCAGCAAAGAAAUGCCCGGUGAUAGCCAGAAAUCAUGUGUGAGAAUUGAUGUCGAAACCCUGAAAGAGGUCGAAGAGGCAAUAGGAGAAGGAACGCUGCCUUUUAAUACCUUAGGAGAUGUCCAGAAUAAACCAACUCCUCGAUUAUCAGCUUCCCCAUUGCUCCUCAGGCGAUUCUUUAAAGCCUCGAAUAGUUUAUCCCAACAAUCUCCCAGUUUGGACAGACAAUCUCCAAGCCUGUCCAGACAAUCUUCCUCCAUCGAGAGAUCCGUGAAGAUAAACAUCGAAAGUCCCAAAGGAGUCGAAGAGGCUACGUCGAGGAGAAGAUUGACUUUGCCCAUGGCGAACGUUGAUCAGAUCUCGCAAGAGGGACUCAAGACACCCACUUACGAGGACGUGUUAUCAGGAACGACGGUGAAUCCCAUCAGACGAUCCAGCAUCGCGAGUGCCGCGAUCUGCUCCAGUUUGGCCACGAGUUUGGUCAGCGCUUGUCCAGGUAUUCCCAACUGCUUGCUGCCUUCAAACGACGAACACUCAACGGUUAACGAGAACUGUGGAAAAGGUGGACUCAAACUGAAAUUGCCCUUCCUCCGUCUUCACAUACCCGAACACCAGUCGUCCACCGGUUGGAACGACGAGGACGAUCGCGAGGAUCAUCAUUCCUAUUACCACCACCACCACCAUCACCAUCACCAUCAUCACGCGUUCCCGUAUUUUCAUGUACCCACCAUCACCUUCACCGCGUCAGCUGCUGAUGGCGAAACAGGGCGGAAGUUCAACUUUGGAAUACGCAAACACUCGCAGACGACCUUGCACCGGACGGACUCGAUGGUAUCGCUCUGCUACCGAUCUCUCGCCAGCUAUAUCACAGAUGACAACCUCGCUGGUCUCCAGAACUUCCUCGAAAGCAAAAGAGUCCUGGUCGAUGAUCGAGACGAGAAUGGUAGCACAGCCCUCAUCCUCGCAUCAACUAAGGGGAAGAUACACUUCGUACGGGAGCUCAUCAAUCAUGGAGCAGAUGUCAACGCUGAAGACGGGGACAACUGGACAGCGUUGCUUUGCGCUGCCAAGGAAGGCCACACCGACGUCUGCCUCGAAUUACUCGAACAUGGCGCUGAGUUGGAACACAGAGACAUGGGAGGGUGGACGGCACUUAUGUGGGCGACGUACAAGGGUAGGUCGCCGACGGUGACGAUGCUGCUAGCGCGAGGAGCUGACGUCAAUGCACAUGGAAAUUUUCAUAUACCCUCCUUGUUAUGGGCCGCGGGCAGGGGUUACCCUGACAUUGUUAAAGAUCUCAUUGCUCAUGGUGCUAAGGUUAACGUUGGCGAUAAGUAUGGCACUACAGCGUUGGUGUGGGCGUCGCGUAAAGGAAAUGUAGAAAUUGUAGAUACUUUCUUAAAAGCUGGUGCUAAUGUUGACACUGCUGGAAUGUAUUCGUGGACCGCUCUUCUCGUGGCUACCCUUGGUAAUCACGUGGACGUCGUGCUGCUACUUUUGGAGUACAAACCAAACGUGAACGCUUUGGAUAAGGAUGGAUGCACGGCUCUAGCGAUAGCAUGUCGAGAAGGACAUCACGAGAUAGCAAACGCGCUUUUAAACGCUGGUGCUUACGUAAACAUACAGGACAGAGCUGGAGAUACGAACUUAAUUCAUGCUGUAAAAGGCGGUCAUAGAGGAGUGGUUGAAUCUCUUUUAAAGAAGUAUGCCGACGUCGACAUCGCCGGAAAGGAUAAGAAAACCGCAACUUACAUAGCAGUAGAAAAAGGCAAUAUACCGAUAUUAAAAUUGUUACUAAACGCUAACCCAGACUUGGAGAUCGCGACGAAAGACGGCGACACACCGCUACUGCGGGCAGUUAGGUCGCGCAACGCUGAAAUCGUGCAAUUACUGCUGGACAAGAAAGCCAAGGUCUCUGCAACCGACAAAAAGGGCGACACGGUGCUUCAUAUAGCUAUGAGAGCAAGAUCGAAAGCUAUCGUCGAAAUACUAUUGAGAAAUCCGAAAAAUAGUCAGCUACUUUACCGUCCAAAUAGGCAAGGCGAAACCCCGUACAACAUUGACAUUAAUCAUCCGAAAACCAUUCUCGGGCAAAUAUUUGGAGCGCGACGCCUUAAUACCAACGAAGACAAUGAAAAUAUGCUUGGUUACGACUUGUACAGUAGCGCUUUGGCGGAUAUUCUCAGCGAACCAUCCCUUUCGACACCUAUAACCGUUGGUCUUUAUGCAAAGUGGGGCUCUGGAAAGUCUUUCUUGUUAAACAAGUUGAGAGAGGAAAUGAAAAACUUCGCUCGUCAGUGGAUAGAUCCUGUAUUCCAAUUCUCUUUCUUACUUUUCGUAGUAAUAUCUCACGUAUCGUUAUUAGCGGGUAUCACCAUAGGUCUUGCUCUACAGUCGUGCAUCGUUGGUCUCGUCUUUGGUAUAUGUCUUAUUUUCAUUAUGUACGCUUUUUUGAUACUUAUCUGGUAUGCUAACAAAAGAUACGAUUGGUAUUGGCCGUACAAUUUUACCGUUGCUCUGACUACAAAAUUAAAUUCGUUAAAGCUAUUGCUGCAAGUGAUUUUUUGUCAUCCACCCGGUGGUCAAGUUCACGAUAGCGUGACUGUUCAGCCAAUCAAAUUUUACUUUACCGAUCAAACUCGAGUGGGCACAACCGCCGCUGGAGAAAACGCAGUAGUACAAAUGGUGGGAUCACUUUACGAUUCCAUCGAAAACGAUUUUGGUUCUCUGUCCACGAGAUUGUACAGAGCGUUCCGACCAAAGCCUGAUAAAUCCACCACAACCUGGAAGUGGAGACACCUUUGUUGUCUACCGUACAUAGUCAUAUUCGAGUUCUGCUUUUGCAGUUUACUCGUUGGCAUUUCUGUGCUUACCGUCUAUCUAAUCGACAUCUCUAGCAACGAGAAAACAAUAGAGGAAGGUGCGGCACACAUAAUUAUGAUAACUGUUGCCUUAAUACUAGCUGUCAGUGUAAUAGCAAAUUUAUACACGUGGAGUCGGACUUUGCAAGCGCUUGUCUUCUCUCAAAGGCGACACCUUCAACGCAGCAUCUCCAAAUUGGAGACUUUAAAAAGCGAGGGGUUCAUACAAACGCUAAGAAGCGAAGUCGGUUUAAUGACGGAUAUGGUGAAAUGUUUAGAUAGUUUCAUGGCUCAACAAAGUAGAUUAGUAGUAAUCGUGGAUGGUCUGGAUAGCUGCGAACAAGACAAAGUGUUACUAGUUUUAGAUGCUAUACAAGCACUAUUUAGCGAUAAUGGUUAUCCGUUUGUUGUAAUACUAGCGAUUGAUCCGCAUAUCAUUGCUAAGGCAGUGGAAGUCAAUAGUAGAAGGUUAUUCACAGAGUCGAAUAUCGGAGGGCACGAUUACUUGCGCAAUAUGGUACAUCUUCCAUUUUAUUUGCAAAAUAGUGGUUUACGGAAGGUGAAGGUUGCUCAACAAACUGCCCAACAUAGCAGAAAAACCGCGUGGACUGAAGCCGAGGAGAGUGUUAAUUACACUGCUACUAGUACAAUGCAUCAUUCUGUUUCUAAUAGGAGGCUCAGUACAGAGUCUGGUAUAAUGAACAGUAACGAAAAACUGAAACCGCAAAGUAGAAAGGGUAGUAGGAAAUUGCGAUUAAGCGAGUCGAUAGCCAGCAGCAUUGGUAGCAAUUUAAAUCGACUAGGCGGUGCGCAGGACCUUAAUAAAAUGCUUCUCACCGAUGACUACUUUAGCGACGUAAACCCACGUAGCAUGAGGAGAUUAAUGAACGUUGUUUAUGUCACUGGGAGGUUGUUAAAAGCAUUCCAAAUUGAUUUUAAUUGGUACCACUUAGCCAGUUGGAUCAAUAUCACCGAACAAUGGCCGUUCAGAACAUCUUGGUUGAUUCUCCAUUACGAUAUGUAUGAAGAGAGUUUAGAUGAUACCAUGUCGUUAAAGAGUCUUUACGAUAAGAUACGCCCCCAAAUACCAGUACUUAAAGAAGUCCAGCCUCUUUUAGAGAUGGAUAGAGACGAACGCAAGUUGGACAUUUUCCUGACUUUCCAUCGUUCCAGCUUACUCAUUAGCGAUAUGAAGAUAUUUUUGCCGUUUACGAUUAAUCUCGAUCCUUACAUUAAAAAGAAAAUCAAAGAAGAGCAACAAAGUAUAGAAGAAGAAGCAGGACUCGUGCCGUAUAAACAGUACAGCCCUUGGACUAUGCACGGUGGUGGCCAGGAUCAAUGGAAUACGAGUAAAACUGCUUCAACGAAUCGCACCAUGAAAUUAACCAAAAUACCGAGUUUGCAAGGAUACGCACCACCAGUGCCAUCGACUGCGUCAUGGUACAUGCCACCUUCGUUCGAUUGGCAAACUCCACCUUGGGUACAAGCUCCUCCUAUGGAACCCACGAUUAAACCUCUUUCCGCAACUACAACUCUACCGUCCGAGAUUUUGGAGAUGAGACUUUCGUCUCUAUCGGUGAACGGUGUUUGCGAUCUGAUCGAUAGAAUCGAAAGUUUAAAUCACAAUCAAGCACCACAGUACAAAAAUGUUAUCAAGGAAAAUAAUAUUAAUGGCAGAGUCUUGCUACACUGUGACAUACAAGAGUUAAAAAAGGUCCUCAAAAUGGCUUUUGGAGAUUGGGAACUGUUCCGUAUGGUGAUUGCGUCGCUUAGAGAAUUAGAACUGUCGUCGUUUACCACGCACGAAGAAGGCCCCCGCAGCGUGCGAUUCACAGUAGGGUCGGAACAAAUUCAACGGAAAGACCUUCCCUUACAAAGCAAUUCCGUUCGCGUGCCUGUGCUGGCUGAAAAAGAAAAGGGAAUAUCGAGAACCGACGGUCCUCCUAGACGAGAACAAACUAAACAGUCCAUUAUGGAGAAACAAGUAACCUUGGAAGAACAAAUGAUUUGCGGAGCACUGCAGACUUUAAACGAAGAAGCUUGCGAAGAUGUAUUAGACGUACCAUCUCCGGCAGUGGUACCAACAGACUCACUUUCAGGAGUUGGUCCAGCGACACCUCAGGACACGGAAUACGUGAUUCUUCAGUCCAAUCCUCUUCUGCACUGGGUUCCAGUCAACGACGAGCCAGAGACAUCAGAUGACAGCUCGCUAGAAUCCACGGUUCAUCUUCAGCGCACGAAUUCUCAGCGUAGCAUCGCAUCUCAACUUAGCACAAGAUCGGUCUGCUCGUUUGGACACAAAGGUCCGAGAAAAGACGGGGGCAACGCCAACUCUAGCAGACCUUCUUCUCUGUUCGUGUCUCCGCCACCUUCGCCUAGACCUGCUUUCAGGUCCAAGUCAACAGACGAGAAUUACGCGACGAACAACAUACCUCUGAAGCCCACUAUCUCGACGCCUAUCAGAAAACGACGGUCCACGUCAACAUUGAACGAGGAUAUAGCCGUGUCAACGUCAGUUCCAAACUCCAGCUUGGAGAAGUUAACAAAGUUGAAGGACCGUCUAAUGGGAACGUUGCCAACUUCGUCUGCACCUGGGGAAAGCGAGGACGAGUCCACGCCGUUGGUUUCCGAAUUGUCCACCCCGACUCAUUCUCAAUCCGACAGCGUGUUCAAACACGAUUGCAGCGAGGAAAAUAGUAGCUCUAUCUCGUCCAAUAAAAGUUUACCCCGAGACGGAGAGCGAUGCGCUGACGUUGAUUAUUCCGACACGGUUAGCCUAAUGGUGAGGGAACAAUCUCUGAAUAUGCGUUUCCUCUCGCGACAGGACGCAGAAGAGUGGGACAAUCCAGAAACACCUGUCUGAUAUCUUAUAUUACACAAUUGACAACGAGUCUCUUGGUGAUACGCAAUAAUGUGUGAUAGGUAGACUGCGGAUGUUUAUGCAAAUCCAUAUAUCAGUAGAGUGAAGUCAUAAAAUUUUACCCUGUAUUUUGCCAUAUACAUACGCUCUUCACAUAUGCAUUCUAUACUGUUUAUGCGUAAACAUUCGCAGCCUGGUGAUAUGUAUACGGGUGAAUUGUUACUCUUAAGUAAAACAAAGUAUUUAAAUCGAGGUUUGUGAUAAAUUUCCAGAGGUAAUAGGUUAAGUUAUCGGUUCGAUUGUGCUUUGUAAAUAGUAAAUAGGCGAUAUUGUCUCCCUUUUAGGAAAACAUUCGAAGGUGUUCAUGCAUCCCCAUACAAUGAGUUCUGCUGUACGAUACAUGUCCAUAAUAUUCAAGCAAUUCGAUACCAAAGUACUUAAUGGGAAGUAUCGAAAGGUAUCAAAGUUUCAGGGUCUUGAGUAUCAAGUUUCAAUGUAGUUUGAUACGAAAUGAUACUUCGUUAUCUGGUAUUCGUAGUGCUACCAUGAAAGCUCCAUCGCUAAUUACGAAUAAUGUAAAGAGUGUAAAGUAACUUGAUUGUAAAAUACUUGAUUUUUGUGGGUAUACUGAGCAAAUGACAUUCCUUGAUAAUUUUAACGCAUUUAACGAUGCAAGCGUUAUCAGUUCUUUCUUAUGCGACUGAUAUCGAAGCGGAGAGUGUUUCUUUUAUUAUAUUAUAAACGUUUGGGUGUCGAGACAUUGAUUAGUCAAUUUGUAAAUAUGGUUAAAACUGUAACUUGAAAACAAACGAAUAAAUAUUAAAAUAUUUUAAAA